AUGUCAGCCGUUACGCCGCUGCCCACCGCCGGCGAUGAUCCUCAGGAAGAAGAGCUCGUGACCGUGCGCGUGCCGCCGGCGGUAUUGCUGCAGGUAAAAGAUGGCGCGCGCGUGCAGGUGCAGCAGCACGUCCAGCCCGCGCCGCCGGCCGACGACUCGAGCCAGAAGAUGAUGGAGCUCCGCGGGUGGCUCAUGGUUCUGGCCACCGUCAUCGCCUCCAUCACCUACGCCUCCGGCCUCAGCCCGCCCGGCGGCUUCGAGAGAGCAUCCCGGCCCCGUGUCACCGCCACCAUGCCGCCGCCGCGUUCCGGCGGCAUCAUCAACGGCACCACCGUUGUGGACAGCAUGAUGCCGGCGCUCCGGGAGGCCAGCCCCGGGAGGUUCAGGGCUUUCUACUACUGCAACACGGCCGCCUUCGCUCUCUCGCUCUCCAUCAUGCUCCUGCUCGCCAGCCGCGACCUCCGGAAGCUGGCCAAGACGAAAGCCCUGGAGAUCCUCGUCGGGCUCGAUGUCUUGGCCUUGCUGGUGGCCUACAUCGCCGGCUCCACCUUCGGCGUGAUGGAGCUCGCCGUGUGCUCUGGCCUCGUCCUCAUCGUGCCCUUGGCACUCGUCGUCGUCUCGUCGUCGCGCCUCGGAGGGAAAUACUUCUGGGAUGAAUUUUGGAUAUUUCAAUACGAUAUUUUGGAUAUUUCAAUACGAUAUUUUUGUACAAUUCUUUCCCUCAUCUCUCUGUUUGUCUAUCUCCUCCCCUGCCGUGAGUCUCCUCCCAUUUUCCCAAGCCUCCACCUGCUGCUGGAUCCUUCUCCCAGCUCCCAGCUCUCAUCUCCACCGACGGGACUCCCGCCCCUUCUCCUCCUAGCACCUCGCACCUGCUUCUGGACCGCGGCCCUCCCUGCUCCGCCGCUCCGGAUCCGGCCGCUGCCAGAUCCGGCUGCCCAUGUUGACGCGGAGCGAGCGUGCGGUAGAGGACGAGAGCGAGAGCACGCGGAUCAGGGCGGCACAACCACCUCCAGUCCCGGCUGCGACGGAGGGCGCGGUCUCCACCUCCGCGUGGGCUUCUGCCUCGACGCUGACGAGAUCAGUUCCCCCUAUUCUGCACUCGUCUUUUCCCCGGGCCGCAAUCUAGUGCCCGCCGGCCGCUGCCAUGGAGAAGGACCAGCCGGCCGCCGCGAGCAAGUUUUCUACCCAUUAUGCUUGAUGUGUGCUCUUUGUGUGCCUGCUGCUUGCUGUGCUGCGCUGCUUUGCUUGCCGGCCAAUGCUUGCUGUGCUGCCGCUGAUUGCUGGUCGCUGUUGCUGCUGAUUACUGCUAGUGCUGCUGCUGAUGAUCACCGGACCGAGCUGGGUGUCGGGCCGAGUAGGGCUCGGCUCGCCGGCGGCGAGCUCGGAGCUGGGUCGGCGUCCACCGGAGAUGGAACCCGUGCCGUGUUGUUGGGGUUUAGGGACAUCGACCUCCAUGGUUUUCUUUUUCUCAAAAAAAUAUUCUGUUCCCUCCGGUUUGGAGAUUGCGGCGUCAACGAUAGCUAGCAAGCCAGGGUGUUUGGCUGAGUGGGCUCCUCGGCGAGCCGAUAAGCAAUGCUUCAACGACAACGAUGAAGCUGCUCGUGGAAAACAAGUCCGCAAUUGCUCUCAGAAAGAACCCGGUGCACCACAGAACGGAGUAUGCACAUCAAUACAUGUUUUUAUUACAUUUGUGAAGGCCGAUCACGUCGCGACUGAUGGACAGGCGACAUUUUCAGUUUUUUCACGAAGACGCUGGGUCGAGUCAAGUUCAUUGGGAUUAGGCAGAAGCUGAAGCUCGGCGUCGUCACGGUGAAACCAGGGUAGCAGGAUUAGGGGUUGAUUUGUUGCAUCAGAUAAUCAUGCAGCCCUUAGCUUAGUCUUUGUUUGUAGUUAGCAAAUAAAACGUCAUUCUUGUGAGGUUGAUCACGUCAUGUCCAAUUUUUUUAUGUUGAAACCCUCGGCCUCAACAUAAAAAUGAUGCACAUGGCCAAUAUUUUAUUGAUUUAUUGCCCUGAUAAAAUACAAGGAUCGACUAAUACCUAUAGCAA